UAAUGGACUUAGUUGUAGUUUGAUCAGCAGUUAGGCCGUGAUUUUGGAGAAAAAUGCUUGGAAAUUUUUCACAAUCUUGCGAGAUUUCAUUCCACGCAUGCUCAUUACGGCCAACCAAGAUGGCGGCGGUGCGAUGAGAAAAAUAGAAUCGGAAGGAAGCGGCAGCCCGAUCACAGUUUUCUCACUAAUUCUCAGCGGUUUGGCGAGUUUUCCGGACUCCUUUGAAAGGAUAUCGCAGGAGGAUGGCUACGAGAGACGCUAGAUACCGUGUCACGCACCCAGAUCACAGCUUACAGCAGAGGAGACUGAGACACUUGCGGAGUGUAUCAGCCAGGAACAUCGUAGCUCCCCCCCACCCUGACCAGGAGCGGAGAGGAUGUUUGUUAGACACAUACUUCACCCUGUGUACUACCUGUGACCAGGGACCCAACAGUAGAGAAUUUUAUAGAAGUGAAGUUAUCAGAAAAUCUUUGAAUCCCAUCUGGAAAAGUUUUGAGCUGAGAAGUCUACAAGAUGGAAUUGAUACAUCCAUUACUUCCUUUAUAGUGCAGAUCUGGGGAGGUACAGAGGAGAAGUACAGUCUGCUGAUUGAGUGGAAAGUUAACCUCGGUGGUCUCAGGUACAUUGGACCAAGGGUGACCCAGGAUGGACAUGGCCAGUCUCCCAACACCAUCAUCUUUGGCAUGUUUGAGGGUUACUACACAGCACCAGACCACAACAUGGAGAGAAGCCAAGAGAACCAGGCAAACGCGUCCCGUCAGCGCGCCCUGCAGCAGGACCUCCUGUCCCCCCGCCAGUCCUACAACGGCUUCUCCCUGCUGAGGGUCCACACCACCCAGCGCGCCAUCAAACAGACACAGAUGGCCGUCAGUAGGAUACAGGAGGCCAUAGACCACAGGAUGGAGCAACAGAGGGUCAAGGCUAGACUGGUAUCAGAACGUGAGACCCUGCGGCUGCGUGUGGCCCUGCUGCAUGAGGAGCUGCGGAAACAGACAACAAGUCUGCAGAUGGAACAGGAGACAUGCAAGAACGAGAAAAGGAGACUCCAACAGAGAGAGUCAGAGCUGGAGAUGAAGAGAGAAGGCCUGGCUCAGGCCAAGUCAGACCUGGGGGAGAGGAGGAAGGGACACAUAGAGAAGAGGGAGACACUGGUGAAGUCUAAAGCACAGUUGGCAGUGAGAAGACGUCAGCUGAUUGCCGAGCUGGCAGAAAUCUACCCCAUAGCACAGCUCCCAAAUGGUAGGCACACUAUCUGUGGGGUUUGGCUGCCAAAUGCAGAGGAGUUACAAGGUAAAGAUGAUAACAUGGUAGAAGCUGGGCUGGGCUAUGCUGCACACCUACUGAUGAUGAUUGCCCAGUUCCUCCAGCUGCCCUUACAGUACCCUAUCAUCUACAGGGGCUCCAAGUCCAAAAUCAGGGACCCCAUCACCGCUAAACUGGCCGACAGGGACAGAGAGUUCCCCCUGUAUUCCAAGGGCAAAGAAAGGUUCCAGUUCAGCUAUGCUGUGUUUCUUCUUAACAAGAACAUUGCUCAGUUGAGGUACUACUGUGGUUUGGGCACCAGUGACCUGAGACUGACCCUGCCUAACCUGAAGAGCCUGCUGGAACAGAGGUUAGGGGUCAGGUUUGAGGCAUCCCCACCGGGUGCGAUACCACAGAGACCCCUCCCUGCCCCCCCACCCCAGGCAGUGGCCCAGCCUGCACCACAACAGAACUCUGUUCCUGUUCCUGUCUCCAACAAGGACGCUACAGAUGGACCCAUGUCUCUGCCAAACGCAACUUCCAACACCAACGUUACUCCCAAACCCUACCCUGUACAACCUCAAGUGCAAUCAGUACUCAGCAAUCCAGGCGUUGUCGUAAACUCCAGGGUCAACGCCAACGGAAGUUUUCCAACAGAAAAGGUUGAACCGAUCCCCUCCACCCACCAUGCCACCUUUCCUGCCACUUCCAAUGGGGCUCUGCCAAAGGAAAAGCUCGAACAAUCUGUAUCAGAAGCUCCUGUGGUCAUAAGAACACAAAUGUCACCACAGACUGUACCACAGGCAAGUCAAGAAACGCUGAACACAGGCAGAAGUGACGUAACAGUCUUGCCUCAAAGUGCAAUGCAGAACGCCCAGGUGUUGGCCUCACAACUACCUGUAGGAACCGACUCUAAGAAAGAAGAGGUUGGAAACUCAAGUCCAGGUGUGCACAGAGACCUUCUUAACCUCCAAGGACGGACCUCGAGAAAGUCGAGCGUUGGCGACUCUGACGGAAAUAAUUCUCACGACAAUGAUUCUGACGUCAACCAGGAUUACGUCGAACAGUUCAAACGUAUAUCACUCACCGAGGACGUCAUAGAUGCAAUGGAAAGCCAAGAAGCCACAGAGGAAAACAUUCUAAACGUUGACAAACUGCAAACUAAUUCUGACAACGGAGUGCAGCCUUCGACAUCCAAGCCAUCUAAUCUAAGCUCAAACCCUGCCUGCCCAUCCGAAGUACGGGUAACUGUCGAUCUUAAACCAACUGCGAAUGCUCCAAACUCAGAUCGUACAGGUUUAGAGCAGUUAGGGCAAGAUGUUGAGUUACCGUUGAGUAUAGAAGAUGCAAUAAGGAACUCUCAGAUGGGGACCCUUUCCGAUGACAUCACAUCUCGAGCGGCAGCCCUCUCCGCUCAGCCUAAAAGCUUUAAGAAAGUGAGUUCCUCCAUGGCAGGGAAGACAUAG